CAGCAUCGCGUCCGAUUUGCGUGAGCGCUUACAGUGAAAGUAGGCCAGUGAACUUCUGCUGCUGCUAAGCAACCAAACUUUACACAAGCAAAGGCACAAGUUAGUUAACGCUUGCGAGGAUGUACUCUGAUGUUUGUUUUAACAAAUGAGGGACUUUGAGGCCAGUGUGGAUGGAGCUCAUUGUUUCAGGGCACUGUGUUCGCACCCAUGCUGCUGGGACACUGAGCGCCGCUGCACCAGAGGAAUCAAACGCCACACUCCAGCACGCCUGAGGAAACACGCUCUCAAAAAUGAAGACUUUCCAUCUCUGAGUAUAGUUAAUGUCUCUGAAUGGGCUGGACGGGGGAGACCGAUUGAAGAAAGACCACUGUACGGUGCUGACACAGAGGCGUCUUUGAAUGAUGUCUCUUGCGUUUCUCUCAGCAAACAGACAAAAGACACUCAGAAAUUUAAGAGGGCAAAUCUUUCCUUCCCAGACAUCAUGUUGCCCAGCGAUAAACUAAACAAUACGGUCAAGUUAAAUACAGUUGACAUCAGUCCUCUGAUGGGCCGCUCUGAGUUGCCACAGUGUCCAGUGGUUAUGUGGAUUCCCAACCCGCACCAUGAGCCUCAGUGGCUCCGCCGAAACAAGUCUAAAUCUCCAAACAUCACUAUAAAAGAGUUAGUCUGCCUUCCAUCUUGUCCAAUGACCAAGCCGUCCAUAGUGGCCAACCAGUGGAAGAAGUGUAAUGGUCAUAAAAGGAGAGGGAAGAAAGGAAUUAACUGUACACAAGAGGGCGCUGGCAGCCCACGGUGGGUGGGCAUUGGCUUUAAUCCCAUUCCCAAAACCACCCCACAUCACCUCUCCCACAGCCUAGCGUUCAAAGAAAGUGGGUGGGGAUCAUUGGAUCAAAAACUGCCAAGCCUAACCACACCACACCCAAACCCAAAGAGCAGUAGUGUCAGUCCAGCCUUGAGCCUGAGUUUAGGAUCAGUAAAGUGCUGGAGAGACCACUGAAACAGACCUAAACAGAUCUCAUACUUAUUUACGCCACACUAAGAAGACAAAGGUUUUUAACUGUAAAUGGAAAGCCUGUUCCAUAAGUAGUUAGUCGUGUCCAAUGAUUCAGUGCACUUUGUCUUGAAAGUCUAUUCCUAUUUUAAAACAUAGACUAGUUUCAACAAAUAAUUCAAAUGUAGCCUACAUAGUUUGUUUUUCACUGCCUGAACAAUUAAUUUAUUCACGAAAGUGCAUUAUGAUAAUAAACAGCAGGUGGCAGAGGAGAUCAGAGAGAUUCAAAUCCUAACUGAACUGAACUUGCAAAGUGAUUACAUCAAAUUUAGUGUGAGUUCAGUUGAUGUAUGCUAUAUGAAUAGAACUGCAGUUGACAAUUAUCAACAAACAAAACAUGCACUACUGUUGAAAUGUAUUUUUAUGUUUUAAAAGGAAAUCAAUACUUAUGAACAACUAGUAUGUAGUUUACUUGUGAUCACAGUUUGGAUCACUGCUUUUUAGACUUUCAAAAAAUAGGGCUUUGCCAACACAGAUAGUUUAUAUUGUAUAUCAAUACAGACUUAAAAUACCUCUAUAAAAAUAGAAAAUAGCUUUUUUAAAACCGUAAACAGUAAAACAGUCUCUCUUUUUUUUUUGCACCAACAAAAACUAAGGUUAAAUCUAGAUUAAAUCAAGGUAUUCCAAUAAUUCUGUUGCAUCAAAUUUUAAACUUUGUUUAAAAAUAAGCAGACUUGCAUUUAAACCAUCAUUCUGAUACGUUUAAUAUACAUUUAAUAUAUAUGAAUUUUAAUCCUGUUUCUCCUUUACGUUAAACAUUGUUUUAAAUCUCUGUUAGAAUUAAUGUUUAACUUACAUGUGAGGAGGUUUAAAUAAUAAUAAUAAUUAAAAAACACCUACAAUUAAAAUUAAACACAGAUGAAGAUUUUAAUCACAAAAAAGAACUAAAACUAGAUCAACCAAUCUUUUAUUAUCUUUAAACUUUGCUUCAAUUAAUCCUUAAUGGUGCAACCCCCUUUGUGUUUUAAAAAUUUUGAAUAGUAGUAUAUGAAAAAAAAUGAAAAUAAAAAAAUAAUAAUCUGGUGAAACAUCUGCUACAGAAUAACCAAGGGUCAUAAGUAACUUUGCAAAUAAAUGUCAGCUAACUCUCAUUAGAGUUGCAGUAGCCUGUUAGGACCAUCAACAUAAAGUGUUAGCAGAAAUUAUGCAGACAGUCUACUACUCUAAUGGCUGCUAGUUUACAUGUAGUUGCGAAAUUACUUAUAGUUAGUAAAAUGUGGAAUAUCAAAAAUAAAAUGUUGUAAUGCAUUUAACUACUUUUCACUGGCAACCAAUGGAAAAAUAAGCUUUCUGGGUCCAUAUGAUGUACGUAUUUACUACGUCUACUGGCAGAGGUUAACAAGGCCACGCUAACAAGCCAAACCUUGACCCUUUGGUACAAGCACACACACAGCUGCGGUGUCCACCCUGGGUCGGUUCUCACACCCAGCGUCUGUCUCUGUUCCAGGUAACCUCCCGUCUCACCGCACUCUCAUGUCCACACACCCAUUGCACUUGUUUUUCCAUUAGCACAGAGACUUUGAACGAGUUUAUGUAGGAGAGAAUGGGCAAAAACACAGAGAGAGUGAGUUCUGUGCAUUGGGAUUUCCACAGCUGACGUCCAGGAGAGGAUACGGUUGGUUCCUCACCGCUCACAGAUGCUGGGACGCUAUAAACAUAACAUUUGUGACAUGCCAGGUGUGACCCAAAAACUAUACACUGAAUACAACUCUGGGUGACAUGCCAUAUCCACCCAAAUGAAUAGGUCAUUUACUGCAUGGUUAGCAUGAAAUUUGUUUGUCACUGAGGUUCCUCCCAAGUGUGCAGGUGCUUCCUUUAAUCUGAAUCAUAUAAUUUAUUAUGGCUGUGUUUGGAAUGGAAUAUUAGUUUGCUACUUUGUAUAAUCUACAUCUAAUAUAGCAUUUAAAAAUACUUUCGGAAGAGAAUGUGUUAUGCACUAAUAACAUAAUCAGUAGUAUGGUCAUUUAAUUGUAAUAUUUAAGAAUUAUGGCAGAAACAGUUCAUCAUGAGUUGAAAUUGUAAAUAAAACAACAUCUAAUACACACAUUUUG